AUGGCCGAGAAGAUCGUGGGCUUGACGUGUUUGGGCCUGCUAAUAUUCUGCUGGUGCAAUACGACGUCAUCGGUAUAUGCAGCAAGCAAGGGAGUCCGACCACGCCAUCCAAGUCGAAUAGCAACGUUGAACGAGUAUUUGACACCUCCUGCACCGCCUAAUACUCAAGUUUUACGAUCUGGGAUCUCUCGACAUGCACGCAAUCAACCGUAUCAUGGAGGUUCACCACUGUCACAAAUACCACAAGGAUCCGGACCUCUUUCGUCGCCAUUUCGAAAUGGAAAAAUGUUGACACCGUUGCCGACCGAGGCGCCCGGUUAUUUCGCGAGAUUGAUGGGAUGGUUCAACCCUUUCGGAGCUCCAACGACGCCACGUCCCUUGGCGUCUCAUCAACCACGUCCAGAUAAUAGUCAGGAACAGACAUUUGGUUCCGCACACAAACAGACUUCACCACCGGCCAAAGGACAUGAACUGCACGGUACAUCUUAUGACCAGCAACCAGCUCCGUCAUAUGGUCCACCAACUCAUUCAUAUCAUAGUCACGUAUCUGCGGAGAAGCUUCCACGUCCACCAUCGCCCCAAGGGGGCCAACAGGCCUAUCUUCCACCCGCAAAAUCGAGAAAUUGUAACCCCUGCAAUCAAGUACCUUGGAUACCGCUGUACCAUGGAGUUAAUACGGAGGACGCGCGUUAUGCAGCGGGUUCUGUUAACGUCGCAUUGCCUGAAGUCAAUGACCCUUUGUUGGGCUUGAAGCAAGAUAACGAAGGAACAAACAUUCAUCACGUAUCCUCAUUUUCACAAGAAGUCAAGAUACCAGAUUUUGGAUACGAGCUGCCAUUACCGAGGCCUGUUCUUGAUACAAAUCACCAUUCAUCUCCGUCUUCGGUUCGGUUAAACGUCAUCAACAACAACAAUUAUAAUCAAAACUUUCACGCUCGGAUUGAAAACAGGUUCCCCUUUACCGGACCUAUUCCUAAUCCUCAUUUGUACCCUGGUGCAAUGCCACCACUUUUCAAAGCCAAGCCAUUCCAUUCGCAGGCCCAAAGUAUUGAUACGUCUUUGGAUUUUCUGAAGACCCCGGUCGAUUCGUCUUUCUCUAGAGGUGGCAUCGAGAAUUCACACUCAGGUGCUGCGAAUCCUGCAGAAUUUUCCUUUUCGCCAUCAAUGGAUCCGAAUGCUCCUCUUCCUGAAACACGCGAUUAUCAGUCAAAUAAGGAACAAUCACCGAAUGGUGAAAUGGAUCCAAUUAUUGGUCAUUCAUUGGAGCAACAACAAUCUCAAAAUAUAGAAACGACUUUCAAUGCUGCUGAUGAUCAUCAACAAAGUUCGUUCCAUCAUUCUGAAGCCUCGUUAAACACGGGCUAUGUGGAUAAAUUGCCACUAGGUGCCGAGACUGUUCCUACUGGUUCUGAUGAUGACUAUUCAUUUAAUUCUUUCAACGAAGAUCAUGGCAGUGCCAACAUUGACUAUAAAGAUACUCUCAAUUCGACCACCGAUACCGAACCAUUGUCCGGCACAAGGUCACAUUUAUUUCUUAAUAUCAAUUCCGAAUCCGUGGGGCAGAAAGAAUUUCAAAGUAUCGGGACGGACUCUGUGAACAGUCAACAAACGACGAACCAGGGUUCUCAGAUAUUCUCUGACGGCGAACACGUCAUCCACUACGAACUGUCGCCUGUCAUUGACUUGGUUUCGAUUGGAGAUGAUAAGAGGCGGAAAAACUCGAAUGAUUCAAGUGCCUCUUCAUCAAUAUUGACUGAUGCGUUUGAGAAUGCCCCUGUCGUACUUCAAAAUGAGGACGGUACUUAUGGGAUAAAUGCUACUUGGACGACACAUGAUUCGACGAGGUCCGUAUGGCCCGAUGGCAAUGUCGACGAAAAAAAUGAGUCAACAGUUACGAUAUCGUCGUUACUCAAAGGACUUUCUAGUGAGAAUAGUCCAAGUUCGACAAAUCAUAAUUUUGAAGCCUCAGGUGUGGGGGUUGCGUCGAACGCCCAUAAAAAUCAAUCAGAUUUUGCUGAAUACUCCACGCAAUCGUUGCCAAACAAUUCCAGUCAACAGGAACAAAGAAUCGACGAUUCGGGAUAUAAAAAUCUGGCGGGACAGCAAUAUAACGACAAUAAACAGGACGAAAAUGUCGACGGGGUUCAACACUCAUUUGAAGAGCCAUCAAUCAUUCCAGAAUCUUUUGAAAAACAAGGUCAGGCUUUACCGAAUCUCUAUCCCGGUCUGGAGAGAUUCGAAGAUACUCAAAGUUACGGAUUCAAACUUCCGGAUCCCCCCAAAGGAGCCCCGAGCGAUGAACCCUUUCUCAAAGCUCUCAUGAAGUCUUACAAUAAUUUUAAUAAAAAAGAAGUAGGACAAAUCAAUGAUCAGGUUACGGAUCAACUAGGGAAUCGACAGACCUGGUUUGAUUCCUCACAAAUUCAUCCUGGCUUGGCUUUUAAGCCUCCCCCUGACCAACCGCAACGUGAACAUAUCUCGGGAGACGGAAAAUUAAAAUCCGCCAAUCGACAACACGGAGCUAAAAAGAAUAAACAGGUGCAAAUAAUAAUUCCUUAUACUUCGCAAUACACUCCAAAACCCUUCCAUCCGCUGUCGGAUGACUGGAGUGCGAAAACUCGGCCUGUACAACCGCAAGCCCGAAAAGUACCAAUUUACGAUUCUCACCAUGAUUAUCUGGCCCAAGAGGCACGACAAAUUGAGAAAGAAGUUUCGCAAAUAUUGGAGCCAUUAAAAAAUAUCUCUAGUAGAAUAAAAGAAGUUUCAAGAUCACCGAACGGAGUUAAAGCAAACACAUCGAUCGACGUUUUGCGAUUGCAAAAAAACAUAGACAACUGGACAAUACAGGAAUAUUCAAGAGGUACAAUUGCCAGUACCGAAGCACCAAAGUUUUCGCGGCCGUAUUUGUCGCCAUCGAAAAAAAUUCCCAAUGAGUAUCUUACUACGACUGAACCGGUCGUUUUAUCCAAAAAUACAUUGGAGAAAGAGGAAAAAAAAAUUAAGGAUAUACUCGUUGGCUUCAGUUUCAACGAUCUUGAGCAUGAGGGUUCUGCGAGUGAUCAAGUUGGCAUAUCGCACUUUCAGGAGUCGUCUCACACGAACGAGGUAUCGGCCGUAUUUCCUCGGAUCGUUGAAACGACUACGUCAACCAGGGUUAUCCCGUCGACGAUUAAGCCAGAUACCUGGAAAGAACUUCCGGUUUCAAUUUCCCCGUUGAACAAAGAACGCGUUUACGUUGUUACGCCCCAGUCAGUUUCGACCUUGUCUAUAGCGAGACGCAACAAAAGUUAUGAUAGGCCUGCGGGAAAUGAAACGACCACAGCUUCGAUAAACGAAUCAGAUUUGGAUAAUUUCGAAUCAAUAGAAAGAGCGUAUCAAGUUUUACCUCAAGCGGUUAAUAACCUCGUUGUCGCCUCUACUGGACCUGCUACUAUGCCUUUGUGGGGCAUUAUGGGACACGAAAAAUACGCUUUGGAUUCGAAUAAAACAACGCCAGAGGUUCCGAUUCUUUACGCAGGUCACUCAAAGGUAUCGCACGCGGGAAAUUGACGACGUUAUCCUAACCCCGAAAAUAACCUGAGAUGCUGAGCAAGAAUAUUUCAAACCUGGGUGCCCGUGUAAUCAACAGACUGCGGACAUAUUUACGAAGUUGAUGUAUCCGCAUUAACUCUAGUGUGCACAGUGUACGACGACUGAUUUUUUUUUGCGUGUGCGUGUGUUUUUAUUGUUCGAAUUGCGGAAGAAUUACACGGGUCAUCAUAUUCAUGAAUUUCGAGUGUAUACACAACUGUACGCUAAUUAUGUAACAAUUGAGAUGUCGACAAGGAUGAGAAAAAUACGUGAGAACAAGGAACGCCGAUACGGAAGGGGUGUGACAAUAUUGGAUGAAUCGGAAGUGACUAACCAUUUCUUAUGACUCUUAUACGGUUUUUUUUAUUUUUUUAUUUUUUUUAUUGCUUUCGUGGUUUGGAUAUUCCGUCAUUUGUCUUUUUGAACCACUUCCAGUUCAUUUGAUUCCUCGUCAAUCUUUUUCGAAAUAGAACCGGCACGGCCAGUUUAUUUUUCGUUCAUCGCUCAAUUACAGAAGGCUACAAGCCUCGAUACUACGGAUGAUUUGAUUUGUUUGUGUAUUUUAUAAGUAUAAGUUUGAAGUGAGUUAAAUAAUUUGAUUAUGAAAGAGUGUGAAAAUAGAUUGGAUUGAUUAAAAAAGAA